GCACAGCGCCAGCACUGGCCAGCAGAGCGAGCGCCGGGGACGGAGGAGCGAGCGAGCGGGCGGGCGGGCGAGUGAGGCGCGGGCGAGCGAGGCGCGGGCGAGGCUGGGACCCGAGCGCGCUCUCUGCUCAGCCAAGUGCCAACUUCGUGCUGACGGGCUGGGUGUGCACCUUCCCGUAGGGCAGGCAGUCAGCGGGAAUUUGAGAUUUUAGGGAAGAAAGUCGGCUUCGCCCUGUCCUCUUCCCCCCAGGGUUCAAAAUCCCCAUUAAAAAGCAAAACAUUUACAACAAACUUGCUCUCAUCCCGCCGGCCCCCUCAACUCCCGGCACCAUGAAGGCGGCCGUCGAUCUCAAGCCGACUCUCACCAUCAUCAAGACAGAAAAAGUGGAUUUGGAGCUUUUCCCCUCCCCGGAUAUGGAAUGUGCAGAUGUCCCUCUGUUAACUCCGAGUAGCAAAGAAAUGAUGUCCCAAGCACUGAAAGCUACUUUCAGUGGCUUCACAAAAGAGCAGCAGCGACUGGGAAUCCCCAAAGACCCCCGACAGUGGACAGAAACCCAUGUUCGGGAUUGGGUGAUGUGGGCUGUGAAUGAGUUCAGCCUGAAAGGCGUGGACUUCCAGAAGUUCUGUAUGAAUGGAGCGGCAUUGUGUGCCCUGGGUAAAGAAUGCUUCCUCGAGCUGGCUCCAGACUUUGUUGGGGACAUCCUGUGGGAGCACCUAGAGAUCCUGCAGAAAGAGGACGUGAAACCCUAUCAGGUUAAUGGAGUCAACCCUACCUAUCCAGAAUCUCGUUAUACCUCGGAUUACUUCAUUAGCUAUGGUAUCGAGCAUGCUCAGUGUGUUCCUCCCUCGGAGUUCUCAGAGCCCAGCUUCAUCACAGAGUCCUAUCAGACGCUGCAUCCCAUCAGCUCAGAGGAACUCCUGUCCCUCAAGUAUGAGAACGACUACCCAUCUGUCAUCCUCCGGGACCCUCUCCAGACGGACACCUUGCAGACAGACUACUUUGCCAUCAAGCAAGAAGUGUUGACUCCAGACAACAUGUGCAUGGGGAGGGCUAGUCGUGGUAAACUCGGGGGCCAGGACUCUUUUGAAAGCAUAGAGAGCUACGAUAGUUGUGACCGCCUCACCCAGUCCUGGAGCAGCCAGUCAUCUUUCAACAGCCUGCAGCGUGUCCCCUCCUAUGACAGCUUCGACUCUGAGGACUAUCCCGCUGCCCUGCCCAACCACAAGCCCAAGGGCACCUUCAAGGACUAUGUGCGUGACCGUGCUGACCUCAACAAGGACAAGCCUGUCAUUCCUGCUGCUGCCCUGGCUGGCUACACAGGCAGCGGGCCUAUCCAGCUGUGGCAGUUCCUUCUGGAAUUACUCACUGAUAAGUCUUGUCAGUCUUUCAUCAGCUGGACAGGAGACGGCUGGGAAUUCAAGCUUUCUGACCCAGAUGAGGUGGCCAGGAGAUGGGGAAAGAGGAAAAACAAACCCAAGAUGAACUAUGAGAAACUGAGCCGUGGCCUUCGCUACUAUUAUGACAAAAAUAUCAUCCACAAGACGGCGGGUAAGCGCUAUGUGUAUCGCUUCGUCUGUGACCUGCAGAGCCUGCUGGGAUACACCCCUGAGGAGCUGCACGCCAUGCUGGACGUGAAGCCAGAUGCUGACGAGUGAUGGACACAGAAGGGACUGGGGGCACCCUGCUGAGACCUUUAAAAAAAAAAACAACUGCGUUGGCUGGACUCUUAAUUUUUCGUUGUUAUUCUAUGUUUUAUUUUCCAGAACUCAUUUUUCACAUUCAGGGGUGGGAGCUAAGGGAGCUGCAGCUGUAUUCCAUUGGCCAUGGGUGAGGCUGGAGAGAGGAAGUGAAGACCUCUGGGGUGGGUGGGUCA